AUGCACCUCCUCAGGACCGCCAAGCGGCCGCGCUGGGCUCCGGCGCGCGCAACUAGCAGCCAGCCAGCCUCUGAUGCGGCCGCGCCCUCGUCCCUGGGGGCCAACGGCUUCGGCCUCACCAACGGGACGGUGGACGAGGACGUGUCGCCGUGUGAUAUCUCCAACCUGGAUCAGGGCUGCCAGGCAUACAACUUGCCGGUGAACGACUGGGCGCACAGCAGCCUGAGCAUCGUGGUGUUGGGCGCAUCUGGUGACCUGGCCAAGAAGAAGAUAUUCCCGGCCCUGUUUGCGCUCUACUACGAAGGCCUGCUGCCUCCCAAUGUCCAGUUCUAUGGCUAUGCGCGCACCAAGAUGACUGAUGCCGCGUUCCGCGAGAUGAUCGGCAACACGCUGGCCUGCCGCAUCGACGCGCGGAGUCUAGCGAAGAUGCAGGCGCAGCCAACGGCGCGGCUCCCCGGCCUCGCGACCCGCGGCUUCUUGAACCUCAACACGCGCAUGACUCAGCAGGAGGCCGUCAUGCCGCGCGCCAACCGCAUCUUCUUCCUCUCCAUCCCGCCAAACGUGUUCCUCGACGCCACGGGCAACGCCGCGGAGACCGGCUGGACGCGCGUGAUCGUGGAGAAGCCGUUUGGCCGCGACAGCGACAGCAGCAAGGAGCUGGCGGAGGGGCUAGCGCGCCACCUCAGCGAGGACCAGAUCUACCGCAUAGAUCACUACCUGGGCAAGGAGCUGAUUGAGAAUCUGACGGUCCUGCGGUUCAGCAACAGCGUGUUUGAGCCCCUCUGGAGCAGGCAGCACAUCCGCAACGUGCAGGUGAUCUUCAGCGAGAACUUUGGCACGGAAGGCCGCGGCGGCUACUUUGACCGCUACGGCAUCAUCCGUGACGUCAUCCAGAACCACCUUCUGCAGAUCCUGGCCCUGUUUGCCAUGGAGCAGCCCGUGUCGCUGGAUGCAGAGGACAUCCGCAACGAGAAGGUCAAGGUGCUGCGCUCUAUGAAGGUGGUGGGCACAGAGGACGUCGUCGUGGGCCAGUACAGGGCCAAGGGCAGCCUGCCCGGCUACCUGGACGACACAACGGUGCCAAAGGGCAGCCUCACACCCACGUUCGCGGCAGUGGCCAUGUUCAUCGACAACGCGCGGUGGGACGGGGUGCCGUUCCUGCUCAAGGCGGGCAAGGCCCUGCACAAGCGCUACGCCGAGAUCAGGGUGCAGUUCAGGUGGGGCGCUGACGGUGCUCGCCCCUUGCUGCUGUCGCUCUCCUGCACCGCCGCCACUGUCCGCUCGGGGCGCGCCAUAUGA